AUGACAGUGACUGAGAAAUUAAAUGGUCGUAAAUUAUAUGACGCUAUAGGGCAACCGAAGACCAUUGUUGCUCCGAUGGUAGAUCAAUCAGAAUUAGCAUGGCGAAUAUUGUCCAGAAGAUACGGAGCUGAUUUAUGUUAUACUCCUAUGUUUCAUGCUCGUUUGUUUGCCAACGAGGAGAAAUAUCGUAAUAGUAUGUGGAGUUCUAUGGAUGGAGAUAAAGAACUUGAUAGACCUUUGGUAGUACAAUUUUGUGCUAAUGAUCCAGAUACUUUACUUCAAGCAGCAAAAUUAGUCGAAGAUAAGUGUGAUGCAAUUGAUUUAAAUUUGGGCUGCCCUCAAGGUAUAGCAAGAAAAGGAAAAUAUGGUGCCUUUUUAAUGGAUGAUUGGGAUCUUGUAUAUAAACUCAUUAACAUUUUGCAUAAUAACUUAAAAAUUCCAGUAACUGCUAAGAUACGAAUAUAUGAUGAUAAAGAAAAGUCAUUAGAAUACGCCAAGAUGGUUUUAAGUGCAGGAGCUCAGUUCUUAACUGUUCAUGGUAGAACGAGAGAUAUGAAAGGCCAAGCAACUGGGUUAGCCAACUGGAAGGUGAUCAAAUAUUUAAGAGAUAAUUUACCAAAGGAUCAAGUAUUCUUUUCAAAUGGUAACAUUUUAUAUCCAGAGGACAUUGAAAGAUGUACAGAAGAAACUACUUGCGAUGCCGUGAUGUCGGCUGAAGGUAACCUUUACAAUCCAGGUGUCUUUUAUACCAAGAGCAAUGACAAAGACAAACAAUAUUGUAGAGUAGAUAAAAUGUUAAGAGAGUAUUUCGAAAUUGUCAAGACCUGUGAUGGGGUAGCAUCAAGACAUGCAAUGAAGGCCCAUUUCUUUAAGUUAUUGCAUGCUUUUUUGAAUGUCCAUAAAGAAUUGAGACCGGUUAUUGGGAAAACAAGUGUUAACUCUGAUUUUAGUGAAUGGGAAAAGAUUGUCAUUAAAGUUGAAGAAUUAGUUGAAGAAAUAUAUAAAAAGGACAAUAUUGAAGAAUUAGAUACUAUAACAAUUGGAGAAGUUGAGAAAUGGGGUGGCUCUUAUAAAACUAUUCCAUAUUGGAGAUGCCAGCCUUAUUUCAGAACUGUUGAUGGUGAAAAGCAAAACGCAAGAAGUUUAAAAGUAGCAGGAGAAUCAGAGUUAAUUGAAGCUUCAUCAGAGAAACGUAAAGUAAUUGAAACUGCAGAACAAAGAGAAUCGAACAAAAAGGUCAAGGUUUGA